CUGCAAUCAGACACCUUACACGUGAGAAGCUGCAACGUCUGUCGGAAGAAGAAAGUUGCUGUGACCUCUUCUGGACAAGUUAAACAAGGAACCCAGAUGACAACACUUAAAGAAGACCUUUGGAACACUCUGGAGGAUUUGACAGAUGCACAAUUCAAGCAGUUUAAGUGGUUUCUAAAGGAGAGUGACAUGCCUGAAGGCUUCUCAGCUAUCGCGGUGGCCCCACUGGAGAGGGCAGACAGGCAGGAUACAGUGGAUCUGAUGGUGCAAAAGUACAACUGCCUUGGAGCUCUGGAGAUUACCAUAAGCGUUUUGAAGAAGAUCAGCAGAAAUGAUCUGGUGCAGCAAUUGUUAAACCUCAAGACCACUGACUCUGUUCUUUUUAAAUUUAAAUAUGAAAGAGAGAAGUCCAUGCUGGGGAAAAUGGAGACUGAAAUAAAACUGAUGAUCCAGGAGAGACAGAUGAAGAUCUUGGAGGUCAAACACUCAGCAGAGCUCAGCAGUAAAUCUGCACAAAAACAGAUUGCAGACAGUCUGCGGGUUUUUACUGUUUUGCAGCAGUCUGUAGAGAGAAGUCUGGCCAAUCUCAUUGACACAAUUGAGGAAAAGCAGAAAAAGACACAGAAACUGGCCGAAGGAUUCAUCCAAGAGCUGGAGCAGGAAAUCUCUGAGCUGACUAAGAGAAGGACUAAGAUGGAGAAACUCUCAUGCACCAAAGACCACCUUGACUUCCUCCAAAGCCCCUUGUCCCUGAAUGCUUUUCCACCCACCAAGAGCUGGACAAAAGUCAGUGUCCCUCCCCCAUCAUAUAAGGAAAAUGUGACCAGUACUGUGGAUCAGCUGCAGGAAAAUUUCAGCAAAGAGAUGAAGAAGUUGCUCGCUGAGGCUGAGCUAAUCAGGGUCCAGCAGUUUGCAGUGGAUGUGACUCUAGAUCCUGAUACAGCAAAUUCCAACCUCAUCUUGUCUGAUGAUGGGAAACAGGUAUACUGUGGUGAUACUGGGGUACAUCAAAACCUCCCAGACAAGCCAGAAAGAUUUAAACCUGCUAUCAAUGUCCUGGGAAAGCAUGGUUUUUCUUCAGGUAGAUUUUACUUUGAGGUUCAGGUUAAAGGGAAGACUGCCUGGGAUUUAGGUGUUGUCAAGGAGUCGGUCAUUAGGAAGGGAUCAAUCUCUGCAAAGCCUGACCAUGGCUACUGGACUAUAUGUUUAAGGAAUGGAGAUAAGUACAAAGCUUCUGCUGUCUCUCUUAGUGUAGCAUAUCAGCCAAAGAAAGUGGGCGUGUUUGUGGAUUAUGAGAACUGUUUAGUCUCCUUUUAUGACGUAGAUGCUGCAGAACAUAUCCACUGCUUUACUGAUUGUUCCUUCAAUGAGAAACUCUUCCCAUUCUUCAGUCCUGGUGUCCAUCAUGGUGGUACAAACUCCACCCCUCUGAUCAUUUCUCCGGUCAAUAACACUGUUUAGAUUUGAGGCAUCAUCUUCUCAAAAAGUAUUCAGAAAAUUAAGAAG